AUGGAUGUGGCUGGAAUCCCACAUCAGGACGAUGAGUUUCAAGCCACAUCUUCUCCGCCCCAUCUACAACCGUUGGAUAAUGAAUCGAAUAUGCGGCCAUUCCAAAAGAUGGAUGGAACUGUUUCACCCGAACACAUCUUACCACCCUUGAAGUAUGAACCUACACACUGCUCUGUAUCGACAUCGACAGCUAGUGAACCGAAUUCAGUCCAUCACAAAAAUAGUGAGGCACAAUCAGAAGCCUCGUACACCGCAACCCAUUUGGAUCGAGAUAUGCACGUGACCGGAUCGAGUCAGUCAUGUGAAAUCCUACAUACCACCCUCGACGGUCAAAGGCGUAAACGUAGGAAGCCCCUGGUACCCCCGCAAAAGUUCCCUGCUGUGCAACUGGACACGGGUGAAAUGACAGAUUCGGACGAGGAAUACAGUGAGUUUCCAAAACUGGUAAAAAUCUCGGACACGACGUCUGUAGACAGUGACUUCUCCAAUGAGGUGGAACCGAUGAAAAGCACACUAUCUGACUCGGGAAUCGACAAAUUUUCGGAGCACAAAGAAAAUCAGUUUAUCCAUGAAAUCAGUCAUCAAGCAGUUGAAACUGUCCGACAAAUUAUUUGUCCAUCGGAGACGAAAAAGUCGUACGAUACGCAAACGGAACUGUUGUUGGAACGAACUUUAUCACAACUUGAACCACAGAUAUCUCGACUUGUUGGACAGUCUUUACGGUCCAGUAUAGAAAGUAUUAGAGAACAAGUGUUGGCCGGUUUGAAAUCGGCCACAAGUUCUCUCUCCACCGAACAAAACGAUACAAUAACCAGGAAGACAUCUAGCACCGUCGAACCGCCUAAUUUUGCUUCCGAGGCGGUUUCAGAAUUUCAAAAUUCUAGCACACCAGAAGCGGAAAACCUGAGUAAUCCGGGCAACAGAAGCGAAAUUGUCUGGUCAGCUUUAAAAGCAGCUAGUAUACCGUCCUUUACAAUCAAUAAUUUGAAUCUAUCCUGUACGAGCGAAGAGAAACAGGGUAGCGAACGCGAACCUAUUCCAGUGGGCCCUGAAACACUAACUUCUGACGGAAACAUUUGUCUCGAGAAGGAACAACAUACUGCUCAGAUUAGAGCUCUUUCGCAAAAACUCAAUGAAUCGACUGAGAUGAGCACCGACACCGAUAACUGUCAGAAUCCACUAAGUGACUACACGUCCCAAGUAUUCCCCUAUUCGAAUGCAUUCAAGUUGCCUCUCCCGCAGUUACUCAAGCCGAAUUUUAUACAAGUGGUUUCCGAUUCACUUCCUGUCAAAAAUAGAUGUAACCGGAUGGAAUCCGGCUACCGGAGAUCAUCUCCAAACAAGACGAACGAUGGAUUCACCAUAGAGGGAUUGGGGAAUAAUGGCGGGACUGGAGAGCUGAAGGAACCAUCACUGAACUAUCAACCUGACAAAAUGUGUUCUGUGACGCCUCAGCACCCGUCAUUUUUGCAACCGGAAACUGCAGGAGCCGCGGUCCUUGCAAGCGCAAUUGGAUUACAGAAUGCUUUGUGGAUGAACAAAAAUGACCUCAGUGGCAAGCUGUUUAGCAAUUUCCCCGUGAAUACGAAUGAGCCACCUUGGUCUCCAUCUUAUCUGUCCCAGUUUGGUUUGUCAGCAUUCACGCGACUACCAUUGGGACUCUUCCCCCCUCUGAGUGGACACCACUUUCCUUCUCCAGUUUCUCCCAGUUCAACAAGACAGAACAGUUCCGGUCCACAGUUGAAACUGCAUAAUCAAGAAACAGACGCUCAAGAGGAACAAACGGAAGCCAUUCCUCUGGUUGUCGGGCGGAAGACUGAGGAAGAUCAUCGGCCUGUUUCUAAUUCGGCUGUUUCAGUUUUACAAGGAGUCCCCGGAAUAAAGAAUGUUUCGGAAAUUGGUAAUAUUUCUCCGCUAACGACGCCGCUCAAUGGAGCAUCAAGACGCAGACGCACCAAGGUUACCGAUACUCGACUAAACUCUCGUGCAGGCUCGCGGUCUACAUUCAACUACAUGUCUCCACGGAGCACCUACACUAACGGCGUUGCAGAUGUUAUACACAGUAUGCAAUAUGCUGGAGCCGAAGUUCGAAGAACGUUUGAAAAUGGCACAAGCGGGAACACCGCAAACAUGGAACAUUUCCCAAUGAACAGCGAAAUCUCGCUUCGGCAUGCUAGAGGAGGAAACGAACAUGAUCGAUCACAAUCCUUGUUGAGCCCACCAUCUUCCAGUGAUGUACGUUUAAAUAGCAGUAGUAGCAGCCCGUCUCCAAGUUCUGUUCGACUGUCCAACGGUCCAACAGAUGGCAGUUCGGAUGGAGAUCUGCAUCGUAGUUUGUCAGAUAAAACAAGAUUACUGAGCUCUCCAACUCUACACGAGAACAGACCAACAAGAGCUCCCAUGUUCAACAUGGUGUCAGGACCAAGAUUAUCUGAUUCACAGUCGCGCAUGGAUUUUCCUGGCCCAAAUCCACAACCAUGCAAUGAAACAGAAUCUUUUGAGCAAACUUUGGUCAGGGCGUUCAGAACAUCACCACAAAUGUUCCGACAACGAUCGAUUAAUUCGCUGAUGAAUACAAUAAGUAUACCGUUUGCAUCGCAAAUUGGACCGCUGUCUAAAGAAGGACGGGGUAUAGGUACAGGACAGCAUCAGGUCUCUACUGUACGUUGGGAACGCGGAUCAAUCCACGAACCGCCUAAUUUCCGUGGUUCUCUCGCUGCAUUCGAAAGACAUGUGGAUAGCUCUUGUAAGAGAGCUAUUGGUGAGGCAUUGUUGCAGUCACAAAACUGUUUUGAAAAAGAUAAGCUGGCGAACAUAGACUCAAACAAGCUGCAUCAUUGCGUGGAUGGAAUGAGAACGGUGAGUGAUUAUCUCCGAAUUCAUGAAUAG